AUGUCGUCCAUGUCCAGAGGAAAGGCCGGGAAGGCUGCAAAGGCCUAUAAAGUGGUCAAGCCGAAGAAGAGCACGAAACACACGACGCCACACACCCGAAACCACCGCUUCAAGUCCUUCAACGACCGAAUCGCCAGCCUGAAGAUCGAUCCUGUGCGCCGACGACGAUAUGUAGAGGGUGAAGAGAAGGAGCAGGAGAGCACACACACCUACUUCGGCACUUCUUUGGAGCAAUGGAAGGACACAAACCUUUCAGCGACUUUCACGUCGUUCGCGAAGGAAGUUUCGCCGCUUUGCGACAAUUUGGCUGUGGUGCUGUACAAUGAGGAGAAGAUCAUGGAUGUACUGGUCAAGUACAUUGAGAAGGCAGACGCACUCGCUAUGGAGCCGCUGUUGAAUCUACUCUCCCAAUUCGCUCAUGAUUUGGACACCAAGUUUGAGGUGCACUUCCAGCGAGCAGUAGCUACAGUGACAGCUGUCGCAGCGAAGCAUUCCGACUUUGCUGUCAUCGAGUGGAGUUUCACCUGUCUGGCAUGGCUGUUCAAGUAUUUCUCGCGACUUCUGACACCGGAUCUGCGACCACUGUACGACCUGAUAGCACCAUAUCUGGGAAAGGAAGCACAGAAGCCCUUCAUUGUUCGCUUCACGGCAGAAGCACUGAGCUUUCUGGUCCGAAAGGCGGCUUUGGUGUAUGAGAAAGAUAAGGAGCCCUUGGAUCUGAUUAUGGAACAUAUGCUGCAAGACUGUGUCGCGACACCAUCGGACUCGACCGCCAGCUUGCAACAACAGGGUGUGAUGACACUGCUGACAGAGGCAAUCAAAGGCAUUCAGAAUGGCGUCCAUGCGAGUGCGAGUGCAGUCUUAUCGUGUCUGUUUCGCAGCGCUGGUGGGCUUGCAACGACAGAGAGUCAAUCUAUGGACAAAAUUGCGACUGGUAUACUGACCAGCUUAAUCCACUCUUGCAACCCAGAAGGAUUUGCGCCGGUCUUGGACACUACGUUGAAUUACGUCGGAAGCUCAUCGAAGACUUCAGGUUUCAGCAUUCGCUUUUGCGCUUCGUUGCUGUUCACAGUAGUGUCAGUGCGCAAGGGCACUCGAAUCCAGGACUGGAAGCCGAUCACCAAGUUGGCGCAAGAGCAUGUAGCAAAGUGCCAGGAGCUCGAAGUCAUCGAAGCUCAAACAGUGUCGCCUGUGUUGGGGCUGCUGUCUGUGUCCAUGCAGACCGCCACGAUCGAUGCAGUGCUUUCAAUCCGGCAAGUUGUGGAUGUGGUCCGGACCGGAAAGCUGGCUCCUUUCUUCAUCCAAUUCUGCGAUAUGGUCUCAAGGCUGGGGAAGGAGCGCUUCGAGAACUUCGUACUGCCAGCUUUUCAGAAAUUUGUUCUUGAUGCAGCGCAAGAGGGCGACAUGGGGCUAUACUCAUUGAUCCCACGUGUUGCACUCAGGACGCAGGAUGCAAAGCUGAAAUGUCCGCACAACAUGCUCAGAAGCAUCAUCGACGAUCUCAAGCAGCUUACCGGGCAGCACACAACGGAUAGCCACGAACUCCUUGCGCGAGCUAAUCUGAAGCUGAAAGCCCUGGUGUGCUUAACCUUGAGCGAGGAGACUAAGCAAGCCCUCAGAUCUUCUUUGCUCAAAUUGGUACACAGGGCGCUCGAGAACACCGAGCCCCCAUCGACCAGCUUCUGCGACUUCGCGCUCAGUGUCGGCUUUGAACAGCUUUUGCAUCUGCAAGAGAACGAAACCGCACUGGAAAGCCUCUGGAUCAAGCUGUGCAAUGCUAGUCCGAACUACAUUGGACUGUCGAAAUUCUGGAGCAAUCUGCUACGGUACGUGAAGAGCCACAAGCCAAACGAUCUUGGUGGGUCCCAUCUUGAAGCCCUAGAUAAAGCACUCGUGUCAUGUUUGGCGAGCUCUUCGCACUCAAUUAGGCAAGACACUUUGGACAUCAUCUCCAUGCUGUACCAGCUGCGUGGGAAGGAGGCAACAAACCUUCUCUCGAUCGCGGUCACGAUUGAGUCGAUCCCCAUCACGCUCGAGACUGAACGAUCAUUGUCCAUGAACAUCCGAAGGCUGGCACCUGCAUAUUCGAUCUGCAACGACGAUCUUCUACUCCGUGCGAUUCCAAAAUACUGCUUCGGCCUCUUACACCUCCGGCUGUCGAAGGCAUGGGACGAUGCAACAACUGCAUUGGCCGGCAUCGUAGAGACGAAGGCUGGUGAAGAGGCCGUCAUGGAGAUGGUACAAGCCUGGCUUGACUCUAAGCCCGAUUUCCAAAGCGACGACGAUGAGGUGCCUGCGGUCCUCGACGUCGAUACAGAUGGCUUCAAGGUAUUCUCCGACUUCGAGUGUCCCAACCUUGCGAAGCUUGCGGCAAUAACCGAACAGGUGUUUCUGCAGCCAACAAGUGGUCUUCCAGCUCCAGCAAAACAGCUAUCAAUCGACCAAGAAAGAAGUCCCAUUGUAACCGCAACUGCUCGAAGCCAGGCACUGCGAGUUCUGAACAAGAUGCCUCAGCUUGCUGAAAAACGGUCGCGCAUACUUGUGCCCAUUUUGUUGAAGUGGGCAGGAACUGCUGAUGAGAUGGAUCCAGAAUCUGAAGGCGGCCGCUGGUCUCGUAAGGACCAAAAAGCUCUGCUGGCCAUCUUCGCGCAAUUUGGUAAUCCGAAAGUGCUUUACAAGAGCGACGAAGUGUACAGCGCUCUGCUGGCUCUAUCCGCCAACGGUGAUGUGGAGAUCCAACGAUCUGCGCUCAAAGCGAUCAUGGCAUGGAAAAACAAGUCAGUGACGCGGUAUGAAGAGCAUCUCAACAAUCUGCUUGAUGAAGACCGCUUUCGUGAAGAGCUCUCCGUCUUCUUGCGCGAGGAGGUUGACGAAGAAGAAGGCAUCAGUUCGGAGGAUCACACUCAUCUUAUGCCGGUCAUGCUAAGACUCUUGUAUGGCAGAGCGGUCUCUGGAGGCAAAGAAGGACAGUCUGGUCGCCGUAAAGCCAUAUUCGUGGCUCUCUCUCGUUUCGGCAACAAUGUUUUGGAGCAGUUCAUCGACAUUGCGCUUUCGGGCACAGCCAAGGAUCACGCUGGAGCGGAUACUGACUUCGUACAGGAGCCGAAAGCACCUUUGCGACAGCAGUUUGGUAUGCUCAACAUGAUCAAUGACAUGCUACAGGUACUGGGUGCGGAGCUGGAACCGUCAGCCACUAAGCAGGUCCAGGGCAUUUUGUCCUGCACAGUGUCUGCCUCGCGGAGACUUGACCAGGAUGAUCAGCAGUCGGAAGCAUCGUUGCUGCGUACUAUCCGCUCGGCUGGUAUGCAGUGCCUAGUCAAGACAUUUGACACCAUGUCUGGCCAAGACUUGAAGAGGUACGGAAAGAUCAUUGUCGACGACCUGCUUGUGCCCCGACUGGAAAGGUUUGCAAACGAGAACGCGCAAGGCGUGUCAGGCACUUUACGACUGUUUGCCGCAUGGAGUGCUCGUAACGCUACAAUAGAGCUUUUGACUUCCGCAGAUGGCAAGAUCUUGCAUUCCAUCGCCCACCUGUUGCAAAGACAGCAUACCAAGGAUGAAGUGCGCGUCUUCAUACUGAAGGAGAUUCUCGACAACCUGGUACAGCAAGACUUGGAUCACACCGUACUUCAGCCACACGUCUCUAGCUUCGUUACUGCAAUUGGAGCCAUCAUCAAAGGACAACCCAGUAAAGCUGUUCUUGAUGCUAGUGUCCAGUCCUUCGCAAAGCUGGCUGCCGAGAUCUCAUCUGGUGACGAAGCUGCGGAUGUGACCAAGACGUGCACUGGCCUGCUCACCAAACCGAGCAAAGAUGUUUCUCCUUGGACGAAGACUGGCCUCCUACGGACCUUGCUGCCACUUGUGCAGCGGUCCGACGUUCCUGUGAAAGAUGAGCUCUACUCUGCACUAAGCGGCCUUUUCUCUCGGCUUCGAGGCGUCGAAAGUCGUGCUUUGCUGGCGCAAGUACUUGCAACCCUCGUCAAGGACGAUGAGGUGCUUGCUCGGGCAGCGAAGGCCUGCGAAGACAUGAAUGCUAUGGGAACUCGCCUUGACGAGCCAAACCACGAACGUCGUGAACAAGCAUUUACUUGGAUCUACGAAUCAUCCAACGCAAUGAGCUUGGAGCAGUGGCUGCCUGUGGUGCACAAUUGCCUCUACUACAUCAGAGAUUCGGAAGAUCGUGUCAAUAGGUCUAGUGCAUCUCAUGCCUUGCAACUUUUCGUCGAUGCUGCUGCUCAGCACAUUGAAGACGAUGAUUGGAAGGUGCUUCUCGAUGAUGCAGUCUAUACGGGCAUCGAGCAUGGCGUAAAGGAGCAAUCCGAGCUUGUUCGAGCCGAGUAUCUCCAAGUGUUAGGACAUCUCGUGGAGAAGUUGUCGACAUGGCAGAAGGUCAGCAACAUGUACACACUGGCGGUGGGCGGAGACGAGGAAGCUUCCUUCUUCAACAACAUCCUUCACAUCCAGCAGCAUCGCCGCCUGAGAGCCCUACGACGACUUACCGAGGAAGCAGGCAAUCUCAGUUCCAGCAACGUAUCGCGAAUCUUGCUACCUUUGCUCGAACACUUCGUCUUCGAUGCGAUAGAGGGCGACUCCGGUAGGACGUUGACGGAUCAAGCAGUGCAGACCAUCGGUGCUUUGGCGACAGUCCUAAAUCAGUCGGCUUUCAGGGCCACCUUUAAGAGAUACACCGCCUACCUAAAGUCAAAGGUUGAGCUCGAGAAGACCGUCCUAAGACUUCUUGGUGCGAUGGUCGAUGGUGCAAGGGCAUCGCAGUCGUCCGACGGUGCCGAAGAUCCUGCUUCGGACGCUACGACUGCAAAGGCCAGCGUACUCUCCAGCAAGGCGGUGAUCAGCGAGCAGUUGCCUCCACUUCUAGCGUAUCUGCACCAGAAGGACGAGUCCACGGUCGAUCGUCGUAUGCCAGUAGCCGUCACCAUCGUGAAACUCAUGCUCGCACUGCCGGAGAAUGAGUUCGCAGCGCGACUGCCUGCUGUGUUGACAGACGUAUCACACGUUUUCCGGAGUCGCAGCCAAGAGGCUCGCGAUGAGACGCGAAAGGCGCUCAAGGCCGUUUCAUCGCUAGUCGGCCCCAACUACUUCAGCUUCAUUCUUAGAGAGCUGCGAAGUGCGCUGAAGCGUGGAUAUCAGCUGCACGUGCUCUCUUUCACCGUGCAUGCCCUCCUGGUGGAUGCCAAGCUCUCGCCGGGAGAUCUUGAUGAAUGCUUGCCAGAUCUGAUGGCCGUCAUCAUGGACGACAUUUUCGGCGUCACUGGGCAAGAAAAAGACGCAGAGGAGUACAAGAGCGGCAUGAAAGAGGUCAAGAGCAGUAAGAGCUAUGAUACGAUGGAACAUCUUGCCCGGAUUACACCUAUUCGCAAGCUCGGAGAACUCGUCCGACCCAUUCGGUCACUUUUGUCAGAAAGACUUGACUUGAAGUCGCUCAAGAAGAUUGACGAGCUUUUGACGCGGCUUCGCAAGGGCGUUGACGAGAAUCCUGCCUCAGACAGCAGGGACAUGCUCAGCUUUUGCUGGGAGAUCGUCAGUCAGGUCUAUCAAGAGGAGGCAGCAGUACCUGCCGCGCAGACGCUGUUCGAUGAGCGUCGCAAACGAUUCCUGGUACAGCUAGAAGCACCCAAAGGUCUACACGAGAAGAGUACAACGACAUCGUACCGUUUCAAGUUGGUCAGCUUUGCUCUCAAUCUGCUCCGCAAAGCCCUUCGGCGCCAUGAAGAUCUGCAGACUCCGCAAAACUUGGCUGGAUUUUUGCCUAUGGCAGGCGAUGCUCUCAUCCAAGGCCAAGAAGAGGUCAAGCUAUCGGCAGUGCGACUGCUCUCGACGAUCAUGCGUGUCCCCAUCAAGAAGCUCGAUGAUAAUGCACCAGUCUACGUCAAGGAGGCUGUAGCUAUGAUCAAGGGUGCACCGAACAUGACUACAGAUUCUGUCAAGGCUGCCCUUGAGCUCAUCACGUCAGUGCUCCGUGAGAAGCGUACUGUCGAAGUGAAGGAGAAAGACAUGGCUCUUCUGCUCAAGCGACUAAAGACCGACAUCGAUGAGCCAGAUCGACAGGGCGUCAUUUAUAAAUUCUUACGCUCGGUUCUUGGGCGCAAGAUCUUGAUCACUGAAGUCUACGAGCUCAUGGACGAGGUUGGCAAAGCUAUGGUAACCAAUCCUGAUCGAUCCAUUCGUGAAAGUGCAAGAAGCGCCUACCUGCAAUUCGUCAUGGAGUAUCCUCAAGGCAAAGACAGAUGGCAGAAGCAGACAUCGUUCCUGGUCGGCAAUCUACAAUAUCAACACGCUUCUGGUCGACAGAGCGUCAUGGAGUUUCUGCAUCAAAUGCUUGGCAAGAUUGGUGACGACGUGCUUGCUGAGACAAGUCCAAGGAUCUUCGUUUCGUUGCUGCCGGUACUGGUCAGCGAUACUGACAACAAUUGUCGCGACAUGGCAAAGCUUCUGGUCGGCAGGAUCUUUGAACGUGCUGGCGGUGAGCAGCUCAAGCAGUUCCUGACCAUGAUGGAGACUUGGCUGAAGCCUGAGAAGAAGGCAGCGAUCAAAGCUGGUGCCUUGCAGUGCUGGAGUGUCUUGAUGCGGUCCCAGACAUUGCCUCAGAAGCAGCUCGAGAGUCUACGGGAUAAGCUGGAGGACAUCUUAUCUGACUUCGCCAACGAAGAGACCAUCGAGCAGCCAAGACUGAUCUUGGACACGCUGCAGGCUAUGUCAGUGCUCGUCGAGACAGCGCCUGCUGUAGGUCUAGGCAGGGAUUGUGCUGAUCUAUGGAAAAUUUUGCAAAAGUUACCAGCCCGCGACAGUGUGGAAGUGCAAGAGUCCGUUGCCACUCUACUUGGCAAAUUCUUCGACGACAUCGCCAGCUACAGUUCAAAGACCGAGUACAAACUGGCAGGGCUGCCAUUGCGAGGCUCUGGAGGCGUGGAACUGGGCGCUGAAGAUAUGCGGAGCCUUCGCGCUGUUAAUCUACAGGCACUGCGGGCAAUCUCAUUAGGCACAAGCGAGACACUGACUGUGCAGAUCAUCCGCAAUCUUGUCUUCCUUGGUCGCUGCUUCGAUGCUAAUCAGAUGCCAUCGAGCGACAACGUGGACCAGGAGUCCGAUGAAGAGGAAGCCAGUGAGGAAGACUCCCAGGUGCCCAACAAGACCGCUCUCGCAAACCUCCUCCGCCGCCUGUCCUCCAUGCUCAUGGCUGACAAGUUUUCCGUCAUGUCUCGCACAACAGCACUACAGACCGUUGCGGCUCUGAUCAACCAGAUUGAGAACAUCCCCGAUCUUCAAGUCGUCCUUCGACCGCUCUACGCACUCACAGAUCCUACUGUGCCCAAGCCACCAGGCGAUCUCUACAAGGCGCUCGAGGACAAAGCUCGAGAGACAAUGGACCUCAUUCAGAAAAAGAUUGGUUCACAAGCGUACGUUGCCGCCUUGGCUUCAGCGAGGACCGAGGCGAAGAACAGACGUGAUGAGAGGAGGCAGAAGAGGCGCAUUGAGGCAGUCAGUGCGCCGGAAAAGUGGGCGAGUGGCAAGAAGAGGAAGUAUGAGGCCAAGAAAGUCAAAAUUAAGGCAAAGGGCCAGGAGGCGAGAGGUAUGAGGAGAGGGUGGUAG